AUGUUCAUAUCAAUUCAAACAAUUUGUACAUGUCAUGGAUAUCUUCUAUUUGAAUCACUUCAUUGUGAACGAUGUCGUUCAUUAAUUCCAUUUCAAAUUACAGAUGAAAAUUUACCUGAUCCAAUACCAACAAAUAAUAUAACUAAUGGAAUCAGUAUUGAUAAUCAAGGUAAACCAUCACCGGGUAUGCUUGUACCAUAUCGAAAACAACAACAAAAACCAACAACAACAGGUCGUGUUCGGUUUCGAGUUUUAUGUCCAUUUUGUAAUAGUUCAACAUUUGUUAUACGUUAUUAUUGUAAACGAGAACGAAUUUAUUAUCAUUUACGUAUACAAAAUCGGGGUGACAGUGAACAAAAUGUAUUUAAAUCAGUAGCUGAAAGUCAAAAUUUAAUAAGUAUUGAUGAAUAUGGAAUAAAACGUGAUUAUUCAGAACCUUCAGGUAUUCAAACUGCUGAUGAUUCAUAUUCAUUAAGAAGUUCUACGUCUCAAACAACACCAACAACUAUUAUAUAUGAUCAAAAUGGUCUAUCAACUGCAAGAGAAAAACAAGUUGAAAAUGAACGAAACUUAUAUGGAUUUAAUGAAUUAGAAGGAGAUUUAUUUAGUGUACUUAGAAAUGGUUUAUUUUAUGAUACAUUAAUUCAAUGUCUAGAUGAUGUUAAAUUACAAGUACAUCGAUGUAUUCUUGGUGGUCGGUCACCAUGGUUUCGUCAUCUUCUUGCUGAAUAUCAUGAAGCAAAUAAUAAUGAUGAUUAUGUUUUACAAAUAAGUAUUGAUGAUAUUCAUUCAGACGUCAUGAAUGAAAUAUUAAAUUUUAUGUAUACAAAUCGUUGUUUAAUUAGUUUAAAAAAUGCACCUGAUUUAUUACUAGCUGCAAAACGAUUUGAAUUAGAAAAAUUAAAAACCCAAAUAGCUGAUUUUCUUUUAUAUCGUCUUACAGUUGAUAAUGCUAUUGAAAUGUUAAUAUGUGCACAUGAAGCUGGUUCCGAAGCACUUAAAACAGCAUGUAUAAAUUUAAUUAAUCGUAAUGCAGAAAAAAUCAAACGUACUGAAAAAUGGAAAGUAUUUAAAAGUCAAUAUAUUGAUCUUAUACCUGAAUUAUAUGAAAGUCGUGUUGAACAUCCAACACCUGCACAACAAACAUUUUUACCUGAUGUUUUUGCACCACCAGCAUUUCCAUUAGAAAGUCUUCGAUCACUAAGUCAAUUAUAUGAAAAUCCAGUACAACAACGACUUGAAACACCGCGUGGUAUACGUCGAAUAUCAAAAUCACGACAAGCUGGUCCACCACAUGUACUUAAAUCAGUUCAAUUAAUACAACCAAAUGAUCUUACGGCAGAAACGCCUAUUGAUCCUUAUACAGAACGUAAUGAUUCAAACCUUUCAUUAGCUGUGGAUCGAGAGAAUCCUGUAAAACAAGGAAUAAUGAAUAGUAACCGACGACCUUUACCACCGAAUACACGCACUAUUUUCCCAAAUAUUCGACAAAAUCCAGAAAUUGAUGCUUAUCGUCGUCCGGUUAAUGUAUUUGAACCAAGUCAUACUUUACCAGCAAAUAAUCAACGUAAUUUGUAUACAAAUGCUUCACAAAAAGUAGUACCUCGACCAAGAAGAGCUGGUUCACCAAGACGUCCUGUUGAUGUUCCAAGAAGUCCACCGAUAACAAAUAGGCAAGCCGAUGAUAAUAUGACAUUAACACGAGUGGUUAACUUUACUGUUGACCAAAUUCGUGGCUUGAUGGACAAGAAAAAGAACAUUCGUAAUAUGUCUGUCAUUGCUCAUGUCGAUCAUGGUAAAUCAACAUUGACUGAUUCACUGGUAUGCAAAGCUGGUAUCAUUGCACAACAAAAGGCUGGUGAAAUGCGUUUUACAGAUACACGAAAAGAUGAACAAGAACGAUGUAUUACAAUUAAAUCAACAGCUAUUUCACUUUAUUAUGAAUUACCUGCUAAAGACAUAGAAUUUAUUAAACAAGAACGUGAACCUAAUGUAUCUCACUUUUUAAUUAAUCUUAUUGAUUCACCAGGCCACGUUGAUUUUUCAUCGGAAGUUACCGCUGCUUUACGUGUUACUGACGGUGCUCUUGUUGUUGUUGAUUGUGUUUCAGGUGUUUGUGUACAGACUGAAACUGUUCUUCGUCAAGCUAUUGCUGAACGUAUUAAACCAAUCUUAUUUAUGAAUAAGAUGGAUCGGGCUUUACUUGAAUUACAACUUCAACAAGAAGAUCUUUUCCAAACAUUUCAACGUAUUGUUGAAAAUGUCAAUGUCAUCAUUGCUACUUAUGGUGAUGAUAGUGGUCCAAUGGGCGAUUUACAAGUUGAUCCAACAAAAGGUACAGUUGGUUUUGGUGCUGGUCUUCAUGGUUGGGCAUUUACAUUAAAAGAAUUUGCUGAAAUGUAUGCAUCAAAAUUUAAAAUUGAAGUCGAUAAAUUAAUGAAACGAUUAUGGGGUGAUAAUUUCUUUUCACCAGCCGAAAAGAAAUGGUCCAAAACUGGUGGAGAAGGUUAUGUUCGUGGUUUUUGUCAAUUUGUUCUUGAUCCAAUAUUCAAAAUUUUCAGAGCUAUCAUGGAUUGUCGAAAAGAGGAAUAUACACAACUACUUGAAAAAUUAAAUAUUAAAUUACAAGGUGAAGAUCGUGACAAAUUAGAAGAAGGUGGUAAACCACUUUUAAAACUUGUUAUGAAACAAUGGUUACCAGCUGGUGAUGUUCUUCUUACCAUGAUUGCUAUUCAUUUACCAUCACCUGUUGUUGCACAAAAAUAUCGUGCUGAACUUCUUUAUGAAGGUCCACAAGAUGAUGAAGCAUUUUUGGGUAUUAAAGGAUGUGAUUCAAAUGCUCCAUUGAUGAUGUAUAUUUCUAAAAUGGUACCGACAUCGGAUAAAGGUCGUUUCUAUGCUUUUGGUCGUGUCUUUUCGGGUGUUGUUCAAACAGGUCAAAAAGCACGUAUUAUGGGUCCUAAUUAUGUACCAGGCAAAAAAGAAGAUCUUUAUGUUAAAAGUAUUCAACGAACAAUUCUUAUGAUGGGUCGUUAUACUGAACCAAUUGAAGAUGUACCAUGUGGUAAUAUUUGUGGUCUUGUUGGUGUUGAUCAAUAUUUAGUUAAAACGGGUACAAUAACAACAUUUGAAAAUGCACACAAUCUUCGUGUUAUGAAAUUUAGUGUCAGUCCUGUCGUACGUGUUGCAGUUGAACCAAAAAAUCCAGCUGAUUUACCAAAAUUAGUCGAAGGUUUGAAACGUUUAGCUAAAUCCGAUCCUAUGGUUCAAUGUAUCAUCGAAGAAUCUGGUGAACAUAUUGUUGCAGGUGCUGGUGAAUUACAUUUAGAAAUUUGUUUGAAAGAUCUUGAAGAAGACCAUGCUUGUAUUCCAAUAAAAGUUUCUGAUCCAGUCGUAUCAUACCGUGAAACCGUAUCUGAAGAAUCCGAUAUCAUGUGUCUAUCGAAAUCACCUAAUAAACAUAAUCGUAUCUUCUUAAAAGCUCGACCAAUGCCUGAUGGUUUACCAGAAGAUAUUGAUAAAGGUGAGGUAACACCACGUCAAGAAUUUAAAGCACGUGCACGUUAUUUAAAUGAAAAAUAUGAUUAUGAUGUAAAUGAAGCACGCAAAAUUUGGUGUUUUGGACCUGAAGGCACAGGACCAAAUCUUUUAAUGGAUUGCACUAAAGGUGUACAAUAUUUAAAUGAAAUAAAAGAUAGUUGUGUGGCUGGUUUUCAAUGGGCUACUAAAGAAGGUGUACUUGCUGAAGAAAAUGUACGUGGUGUUCGUUUUGAUAUUCAUGAUGUUACAUUACAUGCUGAUGCUAUUCAUCGUGGUGGUGGUCAAAUUAUUCCAACAGCUCGUCGUGUACUUUAUGCAUCAAUGCUUACAGCUAAACCAAGACUUUAUGAGCCAGUUUAUUUAUGUGAAGUACAAUGUCCGGAAGUUGCUGUUGGUGGUAUUUAUGGUGUAUUAAAUCGUCGUCGUGGUCAUGUUUUUGAAGAACAUCAUGUAAUUGGAACACCAAUGUUUGUUGUUAAAGCUUAUUUACCAGUCAAUGAAUCAUUUGGUUUUACUGCUGAUCUUCGUUCAAAUACAGGUGGUCAAGCAUUUCCACAAUGCGUAUUUGAUCAUUGGCAAGUCAUGAAUCAAGAUCCAUUUGAUCCUACUAGUAAAAUUCGACAAAUUAUUAAUGAUAUUCGAAAACGUAAAGGAUUAAAAGAAGGUAUUCCACCAUUGGAUGAUUAUUAUGAUAAAUUAUAA